GGAUGGGUGGUGAAAGUAUUAGAGAUUUAAUUUUUUUCUUUCCCUCUCUUUGCAUUUGUGGAUUCUGCAAUAUACGAGAUGCAGUUUUAAUGCGCAUUUCCCUUAAAUAACCUGCACAGUGGCAGCUUUAGUUUGGAAUCAAAGUCAUUUUUAUCUACAGUUUUGUGAGAGGAAUAUGUCAAUACCCGAUAACAUAUUUUCGCUGUUGCAACGUUUCGGUGUGAUAAAAUAGGAGAUAAUUUCAAAACAAGGCAAAUGAAUGAUCAGAAAAAGGAAAAACAAACUUUAAGAAACAUCAAGUUUUUAAAUGUUUUUAAUGUGCUCAUUUUAUGCUUGUCACUCCUAUAAUAUUAGUGGAAGUAACAGGAAAAGAAGCUUAUUGAAAAAAUCUCAUUACAUUACAUAAUUACUUAUACAUUAAAUCUUAAAGUUUCUCUCUAAUUCGACGGUUCCUUUUAAAAAAAAAUCGAUUGGGUUUACGUCUACGCUGCGAACGUAAUAAGUAUUGCCAUUAUAUAGAAAGUCACUUAUCCAGUUACUGGAUUGUCGAUUUUCACAUAUGAUAUACUAAAUAAAGAUGAGGAUUAUGUCAUGUUAUCUUCGUCGUUUCACAAUAACAGCUUUAUUUGUCUUACUGCUGUUUUGUGCUGUACAAGUUUUUCGUUCGGAACUGGGAUUUAGUGACAAUGAUUUGUCAAAUCUGGAUAAACUAAUACACAUAUCUCGGUUAAUUAAGGAAUCUGAACAAUCUUAUGUUGGAGGAGUUGUGGCUUGCAAACUACCUCAAUUAAAUGUUUCUAAUCCAGAAAUUACUAAAUUUAUUCAUGAUGUCCCACCUUUGCAAUGUACACCAGAAAAUUGGGUUAUUCUCCAUGGUUCAAGAUUAAUUAUUAGCAGCAGAGCAAAGAAAAGACAUGGAUCCAUAAUUUGCUCUUUCAGUGAAAUUCUUAGGGAUGAUGAUUACAAUGUAUUAUUCGAACCUGCUGUUGAGUCUGAAGAUUCCUAUGUUCUCAAACAUAGCGAUUUUGUUGAUAUUAAAUGUGAAUCAAAAGAUGGCAAUAAAUGGCACAGUAUUAUGGCCGGAGUGAAGGAUGAUCCUAAAGUAAACGAGAAAAGUAAAUGGGAAUAUGUUGGAAACAAGGCCCUUAAACUAAAUGUACUUAUGUUCGGCUUUGAUUCUCUAUCCAGAAAUACAUUUAUACGCAAAUUACCAAAAACAUAUCGGUAUUUAAAAGAAUACUUAGGAGCUUUAAUACUAGAAGGAUACAAUAUAGUAGGUGAUGGAACACCACAAGCUCUUAUUCCUAUACUUACUGGAAAGAUUGAGCUUGAACUUCCAGAUACUAGAAAACGCAUGGGACUAAAGGCAAACUAUGUUGAUGUAUAUCCAAUGAUAUGGAAUCAGUACAAAGAAAAUGGUUAUAUAACAGGAUUCAUGGAGGAUGUCCAUCAUAUUGGAACUUUCACAUAUCGUCUAAAAGGUUUUAAGAAACAACCAACUGAUCAUUAUAUGAGAACAUUCUAUUUAGCUGCUGCACCAUAUUUUAGAUACUACAAUAAAUAUUGCAUUGGAAGCAUUCCUAGACAUAUGGUAAUGCUGAAUUAUAUUAAAGAAAUUUUUGAUGUCCGCAAACAUCAACCAAAAUUUCUAUUUGGUUUUCAUGGAGAACUUUCACAUGAUUCUUAUAAUGACAUAGGUGUAGUAGAUGAAGAUUUACAUAAUUGGUUAAAGAACUUAAAUGAAUUUGGUCAUUUAAAUAAUACAGUAUUGAUAGUGAUGAGUGAUCAUGGACAUAGGUUUGCAGAAAUUCGUAACACUCUGCAAGGUAAACAAGAGGAAAGAUUACCAUUUUUUUCGUUUGCUUUUCCCCCUUGGUUUAAAAGAGUUUAUCCAGAAGCUUAUGCCAAUUUUUUACAUAAUACACAUUAUUUAACGACACCGUUUGAUGUUCACAAAACAUUAGAAAGCAUAUUGAAUUUUGAAAUACCAAAAAUUGGAGACCGUCAGCAAAGAGCCAUUAGUUUAUUUGAUAAGAUACCGUUAGAGAGAACGUGUGCAGAUGCAUUUAUAGAACCACAUUGGUGUGCAUGCCUGAGUUGGCAAGAAAUUUCAGUUGAUGAUGAUAACGUGAUUGCUGCAGCCAAGUAUUUUGUCCAAUUUCUUAAUGUUUAUACAGAAAAUCAUCGCAACAUAUGUGAAGAGUUGAAAUUAAAAGAGAUAUUGUGGGCUGCUAAACUUAUACCUAAUAAAGAUUUACUGAAAUUCUACAAAUCAGGAGAUCAAGAUGGUUUCAUGGGAGACUUUAGUGCAAAAACAAAAUUAACUACUGAAACUUAUCAGUUGAAAGUAAAAACAGAGCCAGGAUUUGGUUUAUUUGAAGCCAGUAUUAAUUAUGAUAUAAAGAAAAACACUUUUUCAACCAAAAUUUCAGAUGUUAGUAGGAUCAAUAUGUAUGGAUCUCAGGCAAGAUGUGUAGAAAAUUCAUUAUUUCAUUUACGAAAAUACUGUUAUUGUAAGGAUUAAACAGUUAGUGCUUGAAGAAAGUUACACAUGUAUUUAAAACUGGAGCGGAGAAAACAUCACAACAAAGUUUACAAAUCAUAAAGGUGCUGUGAUUAGAGUUAUAUUAAACACAAGCAUAAUGUAGAAAAAAUAAUAUAAACUACCAUUUAUAUGAUUUCAAAUGUGGUAUAGAAUGAAGUAUAGAACAAAACAGUGCAAGACAGACAGUAUCCUAAGCUAUUUAUUUAUUUUCAUUAGUGCCAACUAACGUGAUACCAAAGAGUAUUUAUGAAUUGCAUAAUCAAAAUAUUUGUUACUAAAUUUUAUAUUACUAGGUGUUAGUAAUAUAUUUAGUAAUAUAUCAACAAACUAUUAUGUAUUAGGUACAUGUUGAAUAUAAAAUGUAAAUAAUGCACAAUACAAUGUAAUGAAUUAAUAAAAAUUUUCAGUAUUUACGUAAUAAAUAACGUUUUAUACUAAUAAAAUAUUCUUAUAAUAUAA